AUGCUCGCCCCAAAAUUCCUUGGCCCCACGUCUAAGGCAGCGGCUGCCUAUCCGAGGCCUUCUGCUGGACUUUUGAGACCAGUUGUCCGUCCUCCUACUCAAAGAUACAACUACAAGCUCCGUCUCGGUCGUGGCUUCACCGUGGAGGAGCUGGCCGCCGCUGGUAUUUCUGUCAAGCUCGCACCCACUAUUGGCAUCAAGGUCGACAAGCGUCGUCACAAUAAGUCUAAUGAGUCUCUUGCGUGCAAUGUUGAUCGCUUGAACCAGUACAAGGCUAGGCUUGCUGUCUUCCCUAGAGGCUCGAAGGUGAAGAAGGGUGAUACUGCUCGUGCUGAGCUAGUUAAUGGUACUCAAAACACCUGCAAGACUAUUAUUCCCGUCCCUACCGCCCGUGUUGUGGAGCACGCCCGUGCGAUCACUAAGGGAGAGCGCGAAACUUCCGCCUACACUACCUUGCGCCAGGCUCGCAUCACGAAGAAGAUGGUUCCCAAGCGUGCAAAGGCUGCUGAGGAGAAAGCAAAUGCUGAGAAGUAG